AUGACUGCCACAGAUGCUAAAGUUGCUAACGCGGCUACAGGCGGCUCUCACCGGGACAUCGCGGCUCCUGCAGGCGGCCUCAGGCUGCAGCAGACCCCGGGGCUUCACACGCUGUUCACGGCCACAACAGACACUACACACCCCGCUCCAGUGCAGUGUGAGGCCCGCAGUGUGGAGCAGGAGAGGCGCACAUGGGCCCGGGACAGCCGCUCUGAGGCGGAUAUAAAAAGCAGCGUGACCCCCCAGGACCCUCUGGACCCUCUAAAGUUCACUCUGACCAACUGUGGACCAGGAAGAGAGAAAUAA